AUGGAGUCGGUAAAACAAAGGAUUUUGGCCCCAGGAACAGAGGGGCUAAAGAAUUUUGCUGGAAAAUCCCUCGGCCAGAUCUACAGGGUGCUGGAGAAGAAGCAGGAGGGUGGAGAGACCAUUGAGCUGACUGAGGAUGGGAAGCCCCUGGAGGUGUCGGAGAAGAAGGCCCCUCUGUGCGACUGCACCUGCUUCGGCCUGCCCCGCCGCUACAUCAUCGCCAUCAUGAGCGGCCUGGGCUUCUGCAUCUCUUUUGGAAUUCGCUGCAACCUGGGCGUGGCCAUCGUGGACAUGGUUAACAAUAGCACGAUCCACCGCGGGGGCAAAGUCAUCAAGGAGAAAGCCAAAUUCAACUGGGACCCAGAAACCGUGGGAAUGAUCCAUGGUUCCUUCUUUUGGGGCUACAUUAUCACCCAGAUUCCGGGUGGAUACAUCGCAUCUCGCUUGGCAGCCAACAGGGUUUUUGGAGCGGCCAUACUUCUUACUUCUACCCUAAACAUGUUAAUCCCAUCAGCAGCCAGAGUGCAUUAUGGAUGUGUCAUCUUUGUAAGAAUAUUACAGGGACUGGUUGAGGGGGUCACAUACCCGGCCUGUCACGGAAUAUGGAGUAAAUGGGCUCCUCCUCUGGAGAGGAGCAGGCUGGCGACCACCUCCUUUUGUGGGUCCUAUGCUGGAGCUGUGAUUGCGAUGCCUUUAGCUGGUAUUCUUGUGCAGUACACUGGCUGGUCUUCAGUAUUCUAUGUUUAUGGAAGUUUUGGAAUGGUCUGGUAUAUGUUUUGGCUUCUGGUGUCUUAUGAGAGCCCUGCAAAGCACCCCACUAUUACAGAUGAAGAACGAAGAUACAUAGAAGAAAGUAUUGGAGAGAGUGCAAAUCUUUUAGGUGCAAUGGAGAAAUUCAAGACUCCAUGGAGGAAAUUUUUUACGUCUAUGCCAGUCUACGCAAUCAUUGUUGCCAACUUCUGCAGGAGCUGGACUUUCUAUCUGCUGCUCAUUAGUCAGCCAGCAUACUUUGAGGAAGUGUUUGGAUUUGAAAUCAGCAAGGUUGGCAUGCUUUCUGCUGUGCCACACUUAGUCAUGACAAUCAUUGUGCCCAUUGGAGGACAAAUUGCAGAUUUUCUCAGAAGCAAACAAAUCCUUUCAACUACUACAGUGAGAAAGAUCAUGAAUUGUGGUGGGUUUGGAAUGGAAGCCACAUUGCUUCUUGUUGUUGGCUAUUCUCAUACCAGAGGUGUAGCAAUCUCAUUUUUGGUACUUGCAGUGGGAUUUAGUGGAUUUGCCAUAUCUGGCUUUAAUGUGAACCACUUGGAUAUUGCUCCAAGAUAUGCUAGUAUCUUAAUGGGCAUUUCGAAUGGCGUUGGCACAUUGUCAGGGAUGGUUUGUCCUAUCAUUGUUGGCGCGAUGACCAAAAACAAGUCCCGUGAAGAAUGGCAGUAUGUCUUCUUGAUCGCUGCCCUAGUCCACUAUGGUGGAGUGAUCUUUUAUGCAAUAUUUGCCUCAGGAGAGAAACAACCAUGGGCAGACCCUGAGGAAACAAGUGAAGAAAAGUGUGGUUUUAUCCAUGAAGAUGAACUUGAUGAAGAAACAGGGGAUAUUACUCAAAAUUAUAUAAAUUAUGGUACCGCCAAAUCUUAUGGAGCUACAACACAGGCCAAUGGAGGUUGGCCCAAUGGUUGGGAAAAGAAGGAAGAAUUUGUACAAGAGGAGGUACAAGAUGCAUAUACCUAUAAAGACCGAGAUGAUUAUUCAUAACAAAACUACUACUGGGUGUCCUUUUAGUGUUUGUGAUUAAAUUAAUUGUGAUUGCACACAAAUAUAACCAAGAGUGGUGUAAACAAUGUACACAUAUCAACCAGGCAAGUCUUGCUGU